AUGGCUUCUUCUUCCUCUUCUCCUCCAAUGAAGCAUCAAGUCUUCUUGAGCUUUAGGGGCGAAGAUACUCGUCUUAACUUCACCUCUCAUCUACUCAAAGCUUUGAAAGACACAGGGAUGAGUGUCUUCUUCGAUGAAGACCAAUUGGAAAGAGGGGAGUAUAUUUCACUAGCGCUUUGUCAUGCAAUUGAAGUCUCAAGACUCUCCAUAAUCGUUUUGUCCAAGGAAUAUGCAACUUCAAAAUCAUGCUUGGAUGAACUCUCCGUUAUCAUGGACCGCAAGAGCACUCAUGGUCAAAUUGUUCUUCCCAUCUUUUAUCAUGUUGAUCCCUCUGACGUUCGGAAUUGUGGUGGAAGCUUCAAAGCAUCAUUUGAAGACCAUGAAUCAAAUAGGUCUGUUGAUGAAGUGGAGCGAUGGGAAGCUGCCUUUGCUGAAGCCGGUAAAUUAAAAGGGUGGCAUAUGGAAGGAGGCAAAUUUGACAGAUCUGAAACCGAGUACAUUAAUGAUAUCGUUGCAUAUGUAUUAAAGAAGUUGAUGAAUAGCUAUUCUGAAAGUGCUUCUGAAGAAUUGGUUGGAAUAGAUGAUCAAAAAAAGAAGAUUCUAGAACUGAUUAAGCAAAAAGACAGUCGAGUAAUAGGACUAUGGGGAAUGGGUGGUAUAGGCAAAACCACUCUUGCUGAUGCUGUUUAUAAGGAAGUCUCUACCACAUUUGAAGGUUGUUACUUUCUUCAAAAUGUUAGAGAUAAAAUAGAAAAACAAGGGAAGGAAUCUGUGCGAAAUGAAUUUCUUUCCAUACUUUUAAUGGAUAAAGAUAUUCGUAUAGACACCCCUUCGAUAGGGUACCCUUACAUAGAGAGGCUGAACAAUUUACGAGUAAUUAUUGUUCUUUACGAUGUUAAUGACUCAGAACAAGUAGACUGGAUGGGUGUUAAACAUUUUGGUAAUGGAAGUAAAAUCAUUCUGACGUCUAGAGAUAGACAAGUGCUUAAGAAUGGAGGAGCUACCCAAAUACAUAAGGUGGAGAAGUUAAAUGAGAAAUAG